CUUCGGGUCAUAGGUCACGUCACAGGUGGGAGUCGAGCGGCGGAUCACUGAGGGAGGCACUACUAAGGGGGAAGUGGUCUCCCGUGAGGACGGAUUUCUGACGAAUUCUGGCGCGGAAUGGACGCAACGUGAGGCGGAGUGAAAUCACAGGACCCCGGCCCCGCCCCUGCUGCUGACUGUGGUUGUUCUGCCAUGAAGAUCAGUGUCACCACUGAAGAACCCAGGCCAGGUGAAUGCUGCCUCCCCCAUCCCCCUACCAUGCACCGUCACAUCCAGGUGUUCAUCAGCAUUGUCAUCUUUGUCAUUACGUGGGUCUUCAUCCAGCUGGCAGAAGUGGACCAUUCCCUGUUUAGUUUUGGUAGCAGAGACGACCACAGUAGCAUCUGGACUUACACCAAGUACAAGCAGUGGGCAGAGGGCCAGAAACACUUCCCCCGCCCAGCCCUAACACAGGAGGAGAAGGAUUAUCUGGACAGUAAUACUAACAGAAAAGAAGUGAAGAGUCUGGACACGGCACAAGAGUGGGAACCCAUCGACCCGGGAGAUGUGUCCGGUCCGAACGGAACGGCGCAGUCCGUCACGGAGACGUGGCUGGCGGAGACGGCGGGGGAUCCGUCCUCCAAACCCGUCCACUUACUCCACGUCACCAGCGGGGAGCAGACAAAGUUCCAGAUUAUCAAGGAGAAAUCAUCUUACGUCAUGGGUGAAAUCUUACAGGUUGCAAUACAAGCCAGAGACUAUAGGGGGCACCCCAAACCUUACGGAGGCGACUCCUUCAGGACCAAGGUUCACUCCCCUGACAAAAAAUCCAGCACCAGUGGGAGGGUGCAAGAUCAUGGGAAUGGCAGCUACACCGUGGAAUUCCCACUGUGGUGGAGUGGAAAGGUCCAGAUUUCUAUAAUUCUAGAACAUUCAAGUGAAGCCAUAGCCGUCCUACGCAGAUUACGGGAGGUGCCGGUGAAGAGAGUAUUCUAUGCCCAGUUUGAAGACUAUGAAUAUGGAAUUCAGGAGGAUUCCGAGUGCUUUUCACAUCCCUACCCAGCAAAUGUUGGGAAGGACUCCUGGUGCAAUUUCUCUGACGACUACUCAGGAGUGACCUGGUGGUGUAGGAAGCCUGCAUCUCUGCCCUGUGACACUUUCGUGUACUUCGGCUGUGACAACACCAAAACCAACAAUCUUGUGGAGAGUCUGCUAGCACCUGAGGAGUAUGAACUCUUCUUCUGGCCAAAUUACAACUUUGCCCUGGAAGGCCUGACAAGCUACAUCAAUGUUGCAAAGAAUUUUGGGGCACAUCCAAGACAAAAACUUCUCCCUCAACUACCUCGCUGUGGUGGGACCCUGUCCCAUGCAACAACGCCCUCUCCCAUCUCCCAAGGGUACUACAUGUAUGAUGUGUGGUACUCCAGCGAGUGCCGUGCCAAGCCCAAUGUCUAUCUCUCUAACUUCACCAGAUGUCUCUCCAACAAAAUGCUGUACAUGUACGGAGAUUCUACCUCGAGACAGUAUUUUACCACCCUCAAAAGUAUAUUUGGAAGCAACAUGUAUGAACAGUUCAGCCAAGCAGACGAGAGGCUUGGUCCACGCAUGGCCAUCGACAAGUCCCACAACUUCCACAUGUACUGGAGGUUCCAUAGCUUCCCCAUACAUGGGUCUCACGGAGUGGUUGUGAGGGAUGUGAAGAGUAUAGUCAGAAGUCUAGACGACCUGAAGUGUGGACCAGGGUGUGUGGUUCUCAUCAGCGCUGUCUCACAUUUCACUCAGGAAACAAUAGAAACAUACGUCAGCAGAUUAAAGGCGAUUCGAGCUGCCAUCAGACGGCUCCACGAGAGACAUCCCGGCUCAAAAGUCGUCCUUAAAAGCGUGAACACGCGUGAACACAAGAACCUGUCCAUGUUGUUACAGACCAGUAACUGGUACGCACACGAGCUGAACAACAUACUGAGGGAGGUCUUCAGUGGAGAGGAGGUGACGUACCUGGAUGUGUGGGACAUGACAGCAUGCCAUUAUUCCACUGACAACAUCCACCCCACAUUUAAUGUAGUUGUUAAUGAACUGUCCCUAUUAUUAGCUCAUAUAUGUCCACCAUAGCAGUUAGGCUGUAUAGAUAGUGAUAGCAAUUGUACAUUGUAGUCUAUUGUAUAUGUAAUUCUUUGUGAUAUGAUUAUUUUGAAAUUUAGGGGUGUUCCAUUGAAGAAAACAAUGGGAAGCAAGACCAGUUUGACAAUAUCUCUCCACCCAUGUCUUUUCAUGGGACUGUUGUCUAAAAUAGUCUAGAGUCCUAAUAUGUUUUCUUUUUGUGGAACACCCUUUUGGGAUUAGAUCUAAGAACAAUGUUCUAUAUACUUGUGUAUUUGAUGCCAGCUUACAAAGAUAUUGAUAUUAUUAUGAUACAUGUAGUUGUAACUUUACGAAUCAUGGAUCUAUGUAAAAUAUCUCUAAGUGAUAUUCCGCAGUGCAAUUUGUGAAAGGAGCUGUGUUUGAAUGAAGGUACGUUGUUUCCCAUUUUUCCGAGAAGCAAGGUUUUUAACUUCUGGCACUCCACAGGUGCAAUACACUGUUAUGUCACAGACAUAUAUUUAUUACAGAUUGAAUAGGAAGUUAGCAUACUACAGAUCAAAUACUUUAUCAUGGUUUGCAAUCAUGUAACACAUUUCUCAAGUCAUUAUUACUAUUAUUUAAGGGUGCAAACAAGGUCUAAAGAUGCAGAUUUUAUACCGAUAGCUGUACAAGAUGACAAACCAAAAUUGAUCUGCAAUGAUUUUAAUGAUCCAUCUUUCGAUUAUGCUGAAUGUCUCAUGUUGGAACAAACUAGAAUUGGUUUUUAAGGUUAUUCCAUUUAACAUUAUAAGUGGACUAUGGGGCUCUAGGUAGAUUUUCUUUCAGAUGGACGGGGCUUGUGCUACAUCAGCAUUACUUGUACUAUAGGGGUGAAGAAAUGCCAGCAAUACCCUGUAUUUUUAUUUUUUAAUCAGGGUGAAACACUUUUAUCUAUAAUCUAAAAGAAUUCCACUAGUGAGCUGAUUAUUUCAGUACUACAAGCCAAACACAUCUUACCAGCACUAUUGUGCAAUGUACCACUUUUUCUCUUCCGUGCAUUUUUGUAGCUUUUAGAUUUUCCACAAAGAUUAUUUUGUAUCCGAAUAUUUAUUCUAUACAAACUGUAAGAAACAAACAUGUUCCUUUCAAGUGGAAGCUUAUUUACAUGGGAACAGUUGCCAUGUACUGGGUGCAAUAUGUUUUUGACUUUUGUUUUUGAUAGUCAUGAACUUGCCACAUAAAGAUAGAACCAAGGCCAUCUAACUUCGAAUGUGCACAUAUUUGGUAUUUAUAUUUGUGCAGUAUGUAUGUAAUAUAUGUGAAUAAAGGGUAUUUUUACUCAAUCUCAAAAAUA